UCUUCGCUCCGUCUUCAACAAUCUAAGCAUGGCUGAACACGACGCUCUCGGGCUUCAGCUCGCAUACGAGCAAGCCAAGAAAGGAUACCAGGAGGGCGGCAUCCCAAUCGGGUCCGCCAUCAUCGAUACGUCGACCGGAGCGGUCGUCGGACAAGGGCGCAAUCAGCGCAUCCAGAAAGGAUCGGCGACACUGCACGGAGAGAUGGACGCUCUUGAGAAAGCGGGCCGGCUGGAAGCUGCCGUUUACAGGAAGACUACUCUGUACACUACCUUGAGCCCGUGCAGCAUGUGCACCGGAGCGAUCCUGCUGUACAAGAUCCCGCGCGUUGUCAUCGCAGAGAAUGUCAAUUUCCUCGGCGGUGAUGAUCUUUUGCGCGCUAACGGCGUCGAGGUGGUGGUGCUAAAUGACGAGAAAUGCAAGGAUUUGAUGUCUCAGUUCAUCAAAGAGAAGCCGCAGGAAUGGAACGAAGACAUUGGAGAAAUUCCUUGAGAGCUGCUGGUGAUGACCACAUUCGAAGGAGGGACUAGCUUCGGUUGGAAAUCGACGAGGAAUCCCAAUGUCUUACAGUAUCCCGUUCCCACAUCGGCGCUUUCAUUGAGGCUGUCACGUGGUAGGUAGACACUGAUUGCCCAGCAAGUUGUUAACACACUGUUGCGCAAAAUAAAUUCAUGGGCGAUCCUCAAAACAGCCUAGUAUCGCCUCGCUCUAAUAUCAGGUCGAGGGCAUCCCCAAGGGAGUUAUUCGAGGUGAGAACGUUUGUACAGACAAUCCCUCAUGAAAAGCCCAAUGCA